GCUGGUCAUGCUAAAAAAGUUUUAGAUAAUUUUUUUAUGAUCGAACCAAUUCCAUAUUUACAUGAAUUUGAACAAAAAAUAAAAGGAUAUGAUGAGCUUAGACAAGAAAUUUGUAUUUUUCGAAACAAGAUCCCUUUGAACAUGAUAGAGAUUGACUGCACGAUCGUAAAUGAUACUUUAAGACAAAUUCUUUAUGAUCUUCGUAUGCAAAUCUGUGAUUUCUUUGCAAAUGAACUACGAUCCAACAAUCGUGAAUUGUGUUCCGCUUUUGAUGUAAUAGCGGAAAAUAUUUCGCAAAUGCCUGAAAAAACAAGAGAUGUCGUUGAGUUGUACAAUUAUUUGUGCGAAAGUCGAGAUACAACCUUGUUCAAUUUAAAAAGGAAAUUAUUGCGUUCCGUAGAAUUGAUAUUAUUCCUUUUUGAUUAUCAUCCACUCUCGGAUGAUGAUAUUUAUUUGAAUUCCCGAACUAUCACAUGGCCGAAAGAAAUGGAAAUCGUAAUGGAAUUAGCGAGUACGAGAUUAAAUAUGAGAAAGGAUUACCUGGAAGAAGUGUUACGUAUAAAGCGGGAUAAUUUUGAUCAAAAGAUACGCGAGAUACAAUUGGCGAUUGAUCAAUUUAAAAGAAAGGAUCCACCUGUAUUGACCAUGGAUGAAAUGGAAAUCGCAGUGGAAGAAAUUGAACGUCUUUCCAAAGCAAUGGAAGAGAUUAGGAAGGAAGUUGAAGAGAUCAACGAAGAAGAAGGACUUUUAGACAUGGAAUUAAGUCCGUAUUUGGUAAUUCCGAUAAUGUCAAUGUUAGUCAAUGCACUCGAUACUCUUUGGCACAUAGCAUUAAAUUUUCACAAGAAUUAUGACAAAUGGUUCUACGGUCCAUUUUUCAAUCUCGAUGCGGAUGACAUUAAAGACGAAGUUGACAACAUCUGGCGUACAUUAUACAAAUUGAUUCGUAUUCUUGCUGAUAUUCCAGGUGCACGAAAAAUUGCCGAAAUGGUCCGUGCAAAAGUGGAUAAAUUUAAGCAAUUUAUCCCACUUUUGCAAAUUAUAUGUACCCCUGGAUUACAGGAUCGACAUUGGAAUUUAAUAAGCCAAAUAAUACAUGCAGAUAUAAUAUUGACAGCUGUGAGCAGUCUUUCGGACAUGGUAGAGUUGGGGUUGUUGCUUCAUAUAGCUAAACUUGAAGAAAUAGCUUCAGCUGCUAUUAAAGAGUAUACGCUUCAACAAAGUUUGAAAAAGAUGAAGGAAGAGUGGUCAGAAAUUGAAUUUAAAUUUGUACCGUAUCGUGAAACCGGUGUUUUUAUAUUAACUGCUAUUGAUGAUAUUCACCAAUUAUUGGACGAUCAUAUUUUGAAAGCUCAAACUAUGAGAAGUUCUCCCUUCAUAAAAGCUUUCGAAGAGGAAAUGCAAAUUUGGGAAAAUAAAUUGUUGUUGAUGCAAGACAUUAUCGAUCAAUGGUUAACAUGUCAAGCAACUUGGAUGUACUUAGAACCUAUAUUUAGCAGUGAAGAUAUUGUACGCCAAAUGCCGACGGAAUCUAAGAAUUUUCGUAGAAUGGACAAGAUUUGGCGUAAAAUUACAGCGUACGCUUACGAACAUACUUACGUGCUCAAAGUUACCGAUAUGCCGAACAUAUUACAAGAAUUAAUAUUAUGUAAUUCAUUAUUGGACGAGAUACAGAAAGGUUUAAACGAAUAUCUCGAGAAGAAACGUUUGUUCUUUCCAAGAUUUUUCUUCCUAUCAAACGACGAACUUUUGGAGAUAUUGUCCGAAACUAAAGAUCCUCAGAGAGUGCAGCCUCAUUUAAGGAAAUGUUUCGAAGGUAUUAGUAAAUUACGAUUUACCAAAGAUGAAGAAAUUAUUGGAAUGUUAUCGGCCGAGGAUGAAUACGUUCCUCUUAGUGGUAAGAUUUAUCCAGCGGAUGCUAAAGGAAUGGUCGAGAGAUGGUUGUGCCAAGUCGAAGCAUUAAUGAUAGCCUCGCUUCGAGAUAUUGCCGAGCAAAGUAUCAUCGCUUAUUUCGAUACACCUAGAGAGGAAUGGAUAUUCAGUUGGCCUGGUCAAAUUGUUAUUUGUUGUAGUCAGAUACAUUGGACUAGCGAAGUUUGCGAAUCAUUCGAAAAUAAAACUACCGAGGAAUAUUUAGACCAGUGCAAUCAUCAAAUUGAAAAAACAGUUACUAUAGUUAGAGGUAGACUGGAGGCUGGCGCGAGGAUAACGAUAAACGCUUUAAUCGUAAUAGAUGUUCAUGCGCGAGAUGUAUUACGUCUACUCAUUGAGAAAAAAGUAAAUAACAUUAUGGAUUUUGAUUGGAUAUCACAGUUAAGAUAUUACUGGGUGGAACACAGCAUUAUCGUUUCUAUGAUCACAACCACGGUAGCAUAUGCGUUUGAAUAUCUUGGAAAUACAUCAAGACUUGUGAUAACUCCGUUAACCGAUCGAUGUUACAGAACUCUAAUGAGCGCUUUAAAAUUAAAUCUGGGCGGCUCGCCCGAAGGUCCAGCAGGAACUGGUAAAACAGAAACGGCAAAAGAUCUUGCCAAAGCUGUCGCCAAGCAAUGCGUCGUUUUUAAUUGUUCGGAGGGGCUCGAUUUUCAAGCAAUGGGUAAAUUUUUCAAGGGGCUUGCACAAUCAGGAGCGUGGUCCUGUUUCGAUGAGUUUAAUAGAAUAGACUUGGAAGUUCUUUCGGUGAUUGCACAACAAAUUUUAACCAUACAGAUGGCUAUAAGUGCAAAAUUGGAGACAUUUAUAUUCGAAGGUACAGAAUUAAAGCUGAACCCUACAUGUUACGUUAUCAUAACAAUGAAUCCCGGUUAUGCCGGCCGUCAAGAACUGCCUGACAAUUUGAAAGUUCUUUUCCGUACGGUUGCGAUGAUGGUGCCAGAUUAUGCCAUGAUAGGAGAGAUCACCUUGUACUCUUUUGGUUUUAUAGAUGCAAAAAAUCUGGCAGAGAAGAUAGUUCAUACGUACAAAUUAUGUUCUGAACAAUUAAGCUCGCAAAAUCAUUACGAUUAUGGUAUGCGAGCUGUGAAAACCGUACUCAUCGCAGCUGGAAACUUAAAGUUAAAAUACCCUAUACAGAAUGAGUCUAUUUUGGUUCUUCAAGCGAUCAUCGAUGUCAAUCUACCGAAAUUUUUGGCUCAAGAUAUUCCUUUGUUCAAUGGAAUAUACACGGAUCUCUUCCCAGAUACCAUUUUACCACCUCCGCAUCGCGAGGAAUUAAUAGAAAUAAUAUUUAUCAUUUUAAACAAACGUAAUCUUCAGCCCACGCCUUGGUACAUAGAGAAAAUACUUCAAAUUUACGAGAUGCUAUUGGUACGCCAUGGCUUGAUGAUCGUAGGCCACACCUUGAGCGGAAAGACUCAGGCGUAUCAAGUUUUAGCCGAAUCAUUGGGCGAGUUAUCUGGUAGAAGACGCGUUGUCAUGAGAGAAUUUCCAACGAUUUACAAGAUAAUUAAUCCAAAAUCUAUUACGUUGGAUCAGCUUUAUGGUAGUUUCGAUCCGAUAUCGCAUGAGUGGAGUGAUGGUGUUUUAGCCAAUAUUUUUAGAGAGUUUGCGCAAUCUAUAUCGGUGGACCGGAAGUGGAUAGUUUUCGAUGGUCCCGUUGAUGCUGUAUGGAUCGAGAGCAUGAAUACGGUUCUCGAUGAUAAUAAGAAACUUUGUUUGAUGUCCGGAGAGAUUAUUCAAAUGUCAGUUAAGAUGAACAUGAUGUUUGAGCCGGCCGAUUUGGAGCAUGCCUCGCCAGCUACCGUUAGUAGAUGCGGCAUGAUUUACAUGGAGCCAUCCGAACUUGGUUGGCACGCGCUAUUUAAUUCGUACAAAACGUAUCUUAGGAAUAAGUUACUUAUCGAGCAGUACGAAUUGAUCGUAGAAUUGAUCGAAUGGUUAACCAAACCAAUUCUAUUUUUUAUACAUAUAUAUUGCAAAAUAUUUGUAGAGGUGUCAGAACUUCAUAUGUUUCUGUCUUUUACAAAACUUUUCACCGCAAUGUUGGACGGAGAAGUACAAGUUAGUACAGUUUGGCUUCAAUGCGUUUUAUUAUUCAGCUUAGUUUGGGGAAUGUGUUCAACAUUAACGAGCGAUAGUAGAAAAAUUUUCGACGUCUAUUUAAGAAAAUUAUUACUUGGAAACGACGAAGAACAUCCUAGACCGAAAGCGUUUAAAUUAACGAAACAACAGAUCUUCCCUGACAAAGGAACCGUUUACGAUUGGAUAUAUGAUAAAAGAAAUAAUGGAACCUGGAUACCAUGGAUGGACACAUUAUUACAGGAGUCUCUGUUACCAGAUGUAAAAUCCGAAUUAAUCGUGCCCACAAACGAAGUAGUGAUCCAAUAUUUCUUCAUGACUCAUCUUCUCCACAGAUCAAUACCUAUUUUAUUUGUCGGGCCAACUGGCACCGGGAAAUCCGUAAUUGUAUUAAAUUACUUAGAAUUUCUACCCAGAGAUAGAUACAUUGAAAAUAUUAUAAAUUUGAGCGCGCGUACCACUGCAAAUCAAACUCAAGAGAUAGUAAUGUCAAAGUUAGAUCGUAGAAGGAAAGGUGUGUUUGGACCGCAAAUGGGGAAGAAAUGCGUUUUGUUCGUCGACGAUCUAAGCAUGCCAAUGAAAGAAAUAUAUGGGGCUCAGCCACCGAUCGAGCUCAUUCGUCAAUGGAUAGAUCACGGCCAUUGGUACAAUCUAAAGGAUACAACAACGUUGUAUUUAGUGGACAUGUUUUUGAUCUGUGCCAUGUUACCACCUGGAGGUGGUUCGAACGUAGUCACGCCUAGAUUGCUUCGACACAUGCAAAUAAUUGGUAUCGAUUUUUUCGAAGAAGUGACAAUGAGCAAAAUAUUCUUUUCAAUUCUCGAGUCACAUUUCGCGAAAGGAUUUUUGCCGGAAGUCUCGAGAUUGGGAAGAAUGGUAGUGAGCGCGACAAUGGACAUAUAUCUCGGCGCAAUACGAACGUUUCUACCGACACCUGCAAAGAGUCAUUAUACUUUCAAUUUGCGCGAUUUUAGCCGCGUUAUCAAGGGUAUACUUUUGGUCCCAGGCCCUAGGAUAAAGGAGCCGGAUAAAUUAAUCAGACUUUGGGUUCAUGAAAUAUACAGGGUUUUUCACGAUAGGCUAAUAGAUACCGCCGAUCGGGAAAAAUUGUUCACAAUGGUUCACUUCACUUGUUACGAUCAAUUACGUCAACCGUUGGCAAAAGUACUCGGUAGACUGUUAAAAAAAGGAGAGAAAGACGUUACGAGUUCUCACAUGCAAGAUCUGUUGUUCGGUAAUUACAUAGAUCCUGACGCUGUUCCCAAAGUAUACGACGAAGUGGAAGACUUGUACGAUUUGCAGCAAAAAAUGGAAUAUUAUUUAACGGAGUACAAUAUGCUUUCUAAAACGCCGAUGCCGUUGGUUUUGUUCAGAUACGCCAUUGACCAUAUUUCUCGAGUUUCUCGAAUAUUACAGCAAGAAAAUGGACAUGCUCUUUUAAUAGGAAUAGGUGGAUCAGGGAGAAGUUCUUGCGCUAAAUUAGCGACACAUAUGAGCGAAUACGUUCUCUAUAAUAUAGAAAUUACCACGACUUACGAAUUUUCGGAAUGGAGAGAGGAUGUGAAGAAUUUGUUGUUGCGCGUAGGAUGCGAUGGAAAAUCUACUUCUUUCCUUUUCGGUGACCAUCAGAUCAAAGACGAAUUGUUCGUCGAAGAUAUAAAUAUGAUUUUGAACACGUCCGACGUGCCAAAUUUAUACGAUACCGAGGAAAAAGCUCAAAUUUUGGAUAAAAUGUCGACCAUAAUGCAUGCCAUAGGAGGGAGGAAAAUCGAGGUCACUCCUAUGAUACUUUAUAACUUAUUUCUCGAAAGAAUAAAGAAAUGUCUCCACUUGAUCUUAACGAUGUCUCCUAUAGGAGAUAAAUUUCGAAAUCGUUUGAGAAUGUUCCCUUCGCUGAUAAAUUGCUGCACCAUUGAUUGGUUUACCAUUUGGCCCGAGGAUGCCCUGGAAAAGGUAGCACGAGUUUCGUUACAAAAUAUCAAUAUCAGUUCGAGUUUACGAGAAAAAUGUGUUAAUAUUUCACAAAAGUUCCAUAUAAGUAUCUCAUUGGCCAGCGAGGAUUAUUUUAUCACGCAAGGUAGAAGGUAUUACGUAACACCGACCAGUUUCCUACAGCUUAUCAAAUCGUUUUGCCAAUUGUACGAUCGGAAAAUAGAAGAGAUCACCGCGCAGCAAAGGCGAUACGAGAUGGGAUUGGAAAGGUUGGAUUUCGCAGCGAACGAAAUAGCAUUAAUGAAGGAAGAACUUCAAGCGUUGCAACCAAAAUUGCUAGCUCAGUCGGAAUUGAGCAACCAACUGAUGAUCAAAAUCGAACAGGACACUAUCAACAUCGAGGCGAGAAAAGAAGUCGUGGCUGCCGAGGAAGCUUUGGCGAACGAGGCCGCUGCCGCUGCACAAGCUAUAAAGGAUGAUUGUGAGAGUGAUUUGGCCGAAGCAACGCCUGCGUUGGAAGCUGCAUUAGCCGCGCUGGAUACUUUGAAACCGGCGGAUAUCAGUAUCGUACGAGCUAUGAAGGCUCCACCGGCAGGUGUAAGAUUGGUGAUGGAGGCUAUUUGCGUUUUGAAAGGUGUUAAACCUGACAGGGUCACCGACCCGGCGACCGGCCGAGUCGUGGAAGAUUACUGGCCAGCUUCCAUAAGGAUAUUGGGCGAUUUGAAGUUUCUCGACAGCUUGAAGAACUUUGACAAGGAUAACAUACCGCCGGCGUAUAUGAAGAUAAUUCGGGACAAAUUUAUAAACGACAGAAGUUUUCAACCCGAGGCUAUCAAGAAAGUUUCGACGGCUUGCGAAGGUCUUUGCAAAUGGGUACGAGCGAUCGAGGUUUACGAUCGAGUGAUUAAAGUCGUUAAGCCUAAACAAGUGAUGCUGGCAGAGGCCGAGGCUGCUCUUGCCAAACAAAUGGAAGCUUUGAACGCUAAAAGAGCAUUGCUUCUGGAAGUUACUCAGAAAUUGCAAGCGUUGAACGAUGAAUUUGUCGAGUGCAUGAAAGAAAAGAAGAAGCUCGAGGAUCAGAUUGAUUACUGUAUGAAAAAGUUGGAAAGGGCUGAAAAAUUGCUAGGCGGUUUAAGCGGGGAGAAACAUAGAUGGCAGGAAACGGCUAUUAUGCUAGGCGCGAGUCUGUAUAACGUUAUCGGAGAUGUUUUGUUAUCUUCAGGGGUAAUUGCUUAUUUCGGAGCUUUCACCGUAGAAUAUCGAAAUAAAUUAAUCGAGGAAUGGCAUAAAUCUUGCGUGGAAAUAAAAAUCCCAUGCAGACAAAAGUUUGAUUUAAUCGAUAUUUUGGGUAAAUCGGUGGAGAUCAGAGCAUGGAUAAUUUUUGGUUUACCAGCGGAUCAUUUUUCCGUUGAGAAUGCUAUAAUCGUGAAAAACGCGGAUCGAUGGCCGCUUAUGAUCGAUCCGCAAAACCAGGCAAAUAAAUGGGUAAAAAAUAUGGAGAGAGAGAAUAAUUUGGCGGUGAUUAAACUGUCUGAUCCAAAUUACGUGAAAAUAGUAGACACUGCUAUACAGAUUGGCAUACCUGUUUUGUUGGAAAAUAUUUUUGAAGAAAUAGAUGCGAUAUUGGAACCUGUGCUUCUCAAAAACGUUUAUAAAGAACGUGGUGUUUUAUAUAUAAAAUUUGGAGAAAAUGUUAUCGAAUAUGAUCCUAAUUUUCGAUUUUACAUUACAACGCGUUUAAGAAAUCCUCAUUAUUUGCCAGAAAUAGUUGUGAAAGUAACGUUGUUAAAUUUUAUGAUUACACCUCAAGGACUUAAGGAUCAAUUAUUAGGUAUCGUCGUAGCCCGAGAAUUGCCUGUUCUCGAAGAACGAAAGAAUCAAUUAAUCGUGGAAGAAGCGAAUAACAAAAGAAUAUUGGAGGAAAUAGAGAAUAAAAUUUUAGAAGUUUUGUCUGUAGCGGAAGGGAAUAUUCUCGAGGAUGAAACGGCUAUUACAAUCUUGUCGACCUCAAAGAGAUUGGCUGAGGAGAUCGAAGCUAAGCAAAAAAUAGCUGCUAAUACGGCGUUAGAAAUUGAUUUCGCCCGUGGUAAAUAUAAACCUGCUUCCGAGCAUGGUUCCGUUUUAUUUUUUUGUAUUUCCGAAUUAGCAAAUAUCGAUCCUAUGUACCAAUACUCUUUACCGUGGUUCAUUCACCUGUAUGAAAUGUCGAUAGCUAAAAGUGAACAUAGCGAUGAUCUCGAGAUUCGAAUAAAAAGCUUAAAUACAUAUUUUACGGCUAGUAUUUACAGAAACGUGUGCCGUUCUUUAUUCGAAAAGGAUAAAUUGAUAUUUUCUUUCGUUUUAUGUAUCGGCCUUUUACGUGCCGAUAAUAAAAUCGAAGAAGAUCUUUGCACAUUUUUAUUAGCGGGUGAUGUAGUUCUGGACAAUCCUUACCCUAAUCCUGAUCCUUCUUGGUUAAGCGAUAAAUCUUGGGCCGAUGUAGUUAGAGCUACAAAUUUGCCUAACGUUGAAAAAUUAAAAAAAUCUCUCGAGACGCACACACUGCAAUGGAAACAUUAUUUCGACUCGAUUAAUCCUCAAGAGGAGAUUUUGCCAGAGCCGUAUCAGGAUGAGACCGAGACUUUGAGAAAGUUGGUCAUACUUAAAUGCAUAAGGCCAGAUAAAAUUGUAGUUGCUGUGCGAAUGUUUGUUGCACAUAAUAUGGAUCGUUCUUUCAUAGAACCUCCUCCGUUCAAUCUUCAAGCAUGUUAUAACGAUUCAACCAACGUGAGCCCUCUUAUUUUCAUUCUUUCUCCUGGAUCUGAUCCAAUGGCGAGUUUAAUCAAAUUUGCGGAAGAUUAUGGAAUAUCAAAAGAGCAUUUAAUGACUAUAUCAUUGGGACAAGGUCAGGGUCCUAUAGCUAUAAAUAUGAUAAAUAAAGGGAUACAAACCGGAGAAUGGGUAGUUCUUCAAAAUUGUCACUUGGCAAUUUCUUGGAUGAAAGAAUUGGACGCAAUUUGCGAUGAAAUUAUUACACCAGAGAAUACGCAUGAUAAAUUUCGAUUAUGGUUAACCAGCUAUCCAUCCAAGGAUUUUCCAAUUUCUAUAUUGCAAAAUGCAGUCAAAAUGACUAACGAGCCGCCAAAAGGAUUGAAGAGUAAUUUAUUGAGGAGUUAUAUGAAUGAUCCAAUAUCGGAUUCAGUUUUCUUUAAUCUUUGUACUAAAAUAAGUCAUUGGAGGAGCUUACUUUUUGCUCUAUGCGUCUUUCAUGCUGUUAUUCAAGAAAGACGUAAUUUUGGACCAUUGGGUUGGAACAUUCCUUAUGAAUUCAAUGAAUCAGAUCUUCGUAUUAGUAUUUUACAAUUGCAACUAUUUUUAGACGAUUAUGAAGAGGUACCAUUUGAUGCACUUCUUUACUUGACUGGUGAAUGCAAUUACGGUGGUCGUGUGACUGAUGAUAAAGAUAGACGUUUGUUAAAUACGUUAUUACGAGAAUAUUACAAUGAGGAAGUUCUUAUCAAUCCACAAUAUUGUUUUUCACCAAGUUGUAUAUACCGUUUACCAGAAAAUACUGAUCAUCAUGGAUGUUUAGAUUAUAUUUAUAAUCUACCUAUUACUCAACACCCAGAAGUAUUUGGUUUACAUGAAAAUGCAGAUAUAACAAAAGAUAAUCACGAAUCAUUGCAAUUACUUAGAGGAGCUUUGUUGACACAGCCGCAUAUUACUGGAGUGGGAGUUGAAAGGGAUAUCGACGAAAUGGUUUAUAAUUUAUGCGAUGAUAUUUCAUCGAAAUUGAAGAUAAAAUUUGAUAUUAUAGCAGUAGCUAAAAAAUAUCCAGUACUCUAUAUAAAUAGUAUGAACACGGUUCUGCGUCAAGAACUUAUUAAAUUUAAUCAUCUUGUUGAUACGAUUAAAAUAACAUUAGCUGAUGUACAAAAAGCCAUUAAAGGAUUAACUUUGAUGUCCUUUGAAUUAGAAGAAAUUUUUUCGAGUAUGAGUAUCGGUAAAGUGCCGCUUACUUGGAAUAAAGUGUCUUAUCCUUCUCUAAAACCGUUAGGAAGUUAUAUUAAUGAUUUAAUAGAGAGAUUAAACUUUUUUCAAAAUUGGAUUGAUUAUGAUGCACCAAUUGUAUUUUGGAUAUCUGGAUUUUUUUUCACACAAUCUUUUCUUACGGGUGCUUUACAAAAUUAUGCCCGCAGACAUAAAAUUCCAAUUGAUAAAUUAGAUUUUGAAUUUGAAGUAACCGAGUUUGAGACUGAUAUCGACAUUGCACCAUCUUAUGGCGUUUACAUAAAGGUAAGAUUUUUAUUAUUAUAAUUAAAUAAAAAAAAAAAUUGAAAAUUGUAAGGAUAUAGAAUAAAAUUGUAAGGAUAUAGAUAAAGAAAAAAAAAAGA